AUGGAAGACGUUCUUCUCUACUUCGAGCGCGAGAAGUGCGAGACGGACGAGGUUUACGACAAGACUAUCAAGAAUCACAUUACGAAGAUUACUCGUCUAUUCAAGGACCAGGCGCCGGCCGUCAUAGCCAACGCGCCGCAACUGCUCGAGAUCGUCCACCCGGCCGACCACUCCAUCUCCCACCUUGCAAUUCUGAACACCCUCAAGCAUGUGGAGGAGAGCUCCCUGCCCCUUCCGAUCGAUGCCUUCCGAGAAUACGUCGCUCGGUUCCUGCUGUCAUUCGACGCCCGGCAGAUACGCUACGUUGGUGACGUCUUCUCCGACCUGGUGAAGGAUGUAGUGGAAUGCAAAUUCUUCCAGGCGCGCCAGUCCGUUGAGAUCGCUGUUGCCGCAUUGAGGCUGCUCGAUCCCGAAUCCGCCGUGCUCACGAGCCUCCACCUCGCUGUGGUCAAGCUAGCCUACGAGACUACGAAUUACGACGAAGUGCUACCAUUACUCGAGAAGCCAUGGGUGUUUCUUCCUGGAAUGAAGGAUCAGUCUCGUCCAACCUACCUCUGCGAUCUGACAGCCUCACCUCCCGCCUACAUCAGCCCCACUACACAUCUCACCGAAUACUUGACCCGUGAGGGUGUUAUGGAGCACGAGUACCUCAGUGCUCUGAUUUUCACGAAGGAGCUCAGAUGGGCGCAGGCGCACAAAGCCUACCAGAGAAUCAUCUCUUGGCCAUCAAGAGAAACCUCUGUGAGCAAGUUGAUGACUGACUCACAUAAGCGCUGGGUUCUCACUGGUCUCUUGGCUCUCGGGUACACACCGCCUCUGCCGAGCCAAAUCAGCUCAAGCGCUCAGAAGGCUUUCGCGGCUCUGUCGAAGCUCUAUACGGAUCUCGCGGGCCUCUUCUCAACUACCAACGUGGAACAGCUCAAAGGUGCGGUUGAGAAAGGCGUCGAGACGUGGGCUGCCGACGGAACUACUGAGCUAGUCAAGGCGGUCGUGACGGCGUACCAAAAGUGGCAAAUUCUUGGUCUCGCCGAUGUGUAUCACAAGAUUAGCGUGCCGGAAAUCCGUCAACAGACGCUCAGCGCAGAGACAGCCCUGAACCUCGAGACUGACGAGGGGGUAGAGCAACUCCUGCAGGACAUGGUGACCAUCGGUAUGCUUCAAGGAUCGCUGGAGGUCAGCCCUGAUGGCGUCAAAUGCCUCACCUUCCUCCCGCGUGACACUGAAAUUGAAUACACCGAGUACCAAAAGAAGAUCACCGACGACGCGCGUAUCAAGACGUUAAACAAGUUCGCCGAGGUUAGCGAUGCCCGUCUUGCAGCCUCAAAGGACUACGCCAAGCACAUCAUUCGUGAGCAAAAGCGCCAAGAUAAGGAUGGCCUUCAGUCACAAAACACAGAGUUCGGCUUCGACGCUUCCAUUGAGGACGAGGAUCUCAUGACGGGUAUCCAGCAUCCUUAG